UCAAACGUCAAAUUAUCUAUUCGUUUGUAAACGUUUCUGGUAGUUGAAAUUGAAAAUUAAUUAAUAAUUAAAAAAAAUGGCAUACAAACCACAGAAGGUGCAAAAGGUGAUGGUACAACCCAUCAAUUUAAUCUUCAGAUACCUGCAGAAUAGAUCCCGAGUUCAGGUGUGGUUAUAUGAAAACAUUCAUUUACGCUUAGAGGGUCACAUUGUUGGAUUCGACGAAUAUAUGAAUUUGGUCCUGGAUGAUGCUGAAGAAUAUUAUGUGAAGUCCAAGAACAGAAGACCUCUUGGAAGAAUAAUGCUUAAAGGCGACAAUAUUACAGUGAUACAAAACGUAAAGCCGGACUCAAAUUAGUGCUCAUAACCUCAAUGUAAUUUAAGUGAAAAUCAGUGAAAUGAGAACACUGCAGAAAUCGUUAAUUAGCUUUAUGUAAUUUUUCUACAGCGAAUAAUAAAAAAUGUCUUAUAAA